AUGAAUUUUAGAAAUAACUUUCGUCGAGGAUGGGAACGCGAUGGGGCCGCAUUGUGCGUGUACUAUCAGGUAGACCUAAUAUCAAUCAAAACACAUGGAGAGUGUGUCGUUGAUAUUUGGGGUGGAUUCGCAGACAGAGAAUGUGAACGGAGAUGGAGAGAAGACACUUUACAAAUAAUCUUCAGUACCUCAAAGGUGGGUUGGCAAAUAGAAGCUCCAAUAAUAACAGAACUAUGUACUUCUCAAUUAUGGCUUUCUGGUAGUAGGUGCGAUCUGCGUUGCUAUGCUUGUCGAUCGCGGGCGUCUCAGAUACUCAGACAAAAUAUCUUCGUUUUGGCCGGAGUUCGCAAAGCAUGGAAAGGAGAAUAUAACAGUCGAGAUGGUGUUAGCACAUACGGUGUGUAUUUCAAAACCUACACGAUAAAUGAGUGCGAAUGUUACAUCAAAUUACAGUCGGGGUUGGCUUGUCUUGAUGGUAAAAUUUCUUAUGAGGAUGCUUGUGAUCAUGAACGUAUGGCCAGAUACAUAGAAGAAUCGAUUAUAAGACGAACAGAUUUGAAAAAGAGAGGCAUCGGACAAUUCUUUAAGGAAGAAAUUGCUGACAAACAUGGCAAGUGCAUGAAUGAGGACUCUAGUAUGACAGAUUAA